AUGCUCGUCUCCAGCAGAGCAAGUCCUCCUAAGCCACUAAAGAUUAAUACCUCAGAGCCAUACCUUUCGCUCAAAAGCCUGUUACCGAGAACCCCAAUUCCUUCACCCUCAUUACCCUCAAUACUGCCUCGCCAUGGCAAGAAACCGCCAAAGCUCAAUUCAAAACGUAUCGUACGAGCUAUCAUAUGGCUCACCGUUGUCAUCAGCCUUUACUAUAUUGUGGCAUUCGGCAAGAAGAAAACACGCAACCUCGCCGACCUGACCUUUCUGUCAUCACUUGGAAAGACAUACGAGAUUGUCGAGGCAGCUGAACUGCCCAACCAUCCGACGCCACUCGCUCUGACCGACAGCAAGGGCAGGCACCAUUGGACCAUCUGGAUCCCUCCGAAACUCGGCUUCCCUCUUGCAUCGACAGACUACGCCGACAUCUGUUCACAGGUUGAAGAGGUCGCGCGGCACGUUGCUGGUCGUCCUUCGGACGAAAUUCGCGAUGACCACUACUACCAAGAUGACGCCAACUUCAUCGACGUAGAGGAAGCUCAAUCCCGCCACUUUCUGCCCGAACAGGUGGACUCGUCUGCGGACAAGCAUCUGCCCAUCUGCCCAAAGACACUGACGUACGUUCUCGACGCCACGGAUGCAGGACUCGGGUCGGCGUUGCUAGGCAUGUGGGUUUCAUACAGCCUGGCCAAACGCGAACAGCGCACCUUCUUCAUCGACGACAGUCAUUUUCCGUAUGGAAACUAUAGUAAUUUCUUCACUCCCUACCCCAACCCAACUAAAUGCCGGCCCCCACCGUCAAGUCAACGCGUACCCUGCCCCCACCGGGCCAAACACUUGGUGGUAUCGGCCGGCACAACGCCCUGGACAUUCGGCGAUUCGUUCCACGCGCACUUCUCGCAGCGCGAGAUCUUCGACAUGGCGAGAGAAGGGUACGAAGCCCUUUUCAGUCUACGUGGCGAUGACAAAAAUCAUGUCUCGAGUCGCCUGAAAAAAUUGCGCCACGAAAACGACGGUACCAAUGGGCUCGUGGGUAUUCAUAUCCGUCGCGGCGAUCGACAUCCCUUCGAGUACAGUUUCCAGCACGGAUACCUGCCGCCGGAACGGUACAUGGACGUGGCGCUGCGGUUGAUUGGCGCGUCGGAACAGUGGAAGGUUAUACUCGCGUCUGAUGAUGCGAAUAUGUAUGACCACAUUGAGUUGCCUGGGGCGGUGCGCGCGCAGACGAGGAUAAGUCUGGCAAGUAAGAAGCAGUUGGACGGAGCAGGGUUGGGUUGGGAAGGCGGAUUCUUCAAGGAUGUGUUCUGGGGGCUUGGGUUGCCUGUCCACGUGCUGAAUCAGAAGAAAGUUGGGUCGCCGAUGCCGACUAUGGCGAGGCCGCCGUCUGGGCCUGAACAUGACGAUAAAAAUACGGAAAUCGAGCAGAAAAAGGAGAAGGAAAGGGAUAAGGACAAGCAACGGUCUCUGGCCACAGCAGAAGUGAGGGAUUACAAGACACAUCCGACGGACGAGGCGUUGAAACUGCGGGAGUUGCUGGGACGAGCGUACCUGAUGGAUCUGGCUGUGCUGGCGAGGAGUGAUAAAAUCAUCUGUGGGGUGGCAAGUAAUGCGUGUCGUGUCCUGGCGGUCAUGUCGGGAUGGGAAAGAGCCUUUGAAGAGAAAGACUGGGUCAAUGUUGAUGGGAACUAUGGUUGGACGUUUCUUGAUUAUUGA